UAUCGGCAGCUAUAAAGACGGAGGCGGCGCUCGGCAGCGCAGCUUCAGCCCAGAGAAAGGAGGCGGAGGCGCCGAGUGAGGGUGGGUCUGCGCGUCCUCCGAGCCAGCCAGAGCCGCGGCUGCAGCUCAGAGACUUUUCCCCUCCGCACCGGGCUCGCAAAAGCCUGAGACUCACGCUCCGAUCUGCACACCGGGGAGGACUCUUUAGGUUAGCCUUUCGGAAUAGCAGUUGGGGCUUGGCGGUAUGAGUCCUGCGAAGCGCUGGGGCAGCCCUUGCCUUUUCCCCUUGCAGCUGUUUAGUCUCUGCUGGGUGCUCUCGGUGGCCCAGAGCAAGACAGUCCGAUACAGCACCUUCGAAGAGGAUGCCCCUGGCACAGUCAUCGGGACCCUGGCCGAAGACCUGCACAUGAAAGUGUCUGGAGACACAAGCUUCCGCCUGAUGAAGCAAUUCAACAGCUCUCUACUCCGGGUACGCGAGGGCGACGGGCAGCUAACCGUCGGGGAUGCGGGCCUGGACCGGGAGCGUCUGUGUGGCCAGUCCCCACAGUGCGUGCUGGCCUUCGAUGUUGUCAGCUUCUCGCAGGAACAAUUCCGCCUGGUGCACGUGGAGGUGGAGGUGAGGGAUGUAAACGACCACGCGCCCCGCUUUCCCCGAUCCCAGAUCCCGGUGGAGGUCUCAGAGAGUGCUCCGGUAGGCACGCGCAUCCCCCUGGAGGUGCCCGUGGACGAGGACGUGGGUGCCAACGGGCUGCAGAGUGUACGCCUGGCCGAGCCUCACAGCCCCUUCCGCGUGGAGCUGCAGACGCGCGCGGACGGUGCCCAGUGUGCGGACCUGGUGCUGCUCCAGGAGCUGGACCGCGAGAGCCAGGCCUCCUACAGCCUGGAGCUGGUGGCUCAGGACGGCGGGCGACCGCCGCGUUCCGCCACAGCAGCCCUCAGCGUGCGUGUGCUAGAUGCCAAUGACCACAGCCCGGCCUUCCCGCAGGGUGCCGUGGCCGAGGUCGAACUGGCCGAGGACGCACCUGUGGGAUCGCUGCUGCUCGACCUGGACGCGGCCGAUCCCGACGAAGGUCCCAACGGCGACGUGGUGUUCACCUUCGGCGCCCGCACCCCUCCCGAAGCCCGUCACCUUUUCCGGCUCGACCCGCGCUCUGGCCGCCUCACCUUGGCCGGCCAGGUGGACUACGAGCGCCAGGACACCUACGAGCUGGACGUGCGGGCUCAAGACCGAGGCCCGGGGCCCCGGACUGCCACCUGCAAGGUCAUCGUGCGCAUCCGAGACGUCAACGACAACGCUCCCGAUAUUUCUAUCACCCCGCUGGCCGCCCCGGGGGCUCCAGCCACCUCUCCCUUCGCCGCCGCCGCCGCUGCCGCCGCACUCGGAGGAGCGGACGCGGCCUCUUCGGCUGGGUCUGGGACACAGGAAGCCGGCGUCACCUCGCUGGUGCCAGAGGGGGCGGCGCGCGAGAGCUUAGUGGCGCUGGUCAGCACCUCGGACAGGGACUCGGGCGCCAACGGGCAGGUGCGCUGCGCCCUCUACGGGCACGAGCACUUUCGGCUGCAGCCGGCCUACGCGGGCAGCUACCUGGUGGUGACCGCCGCAUCUCUGGACCGGGAGCGCAUCGCGGAGUACAACCUGACGCUGGUGGCCGAAGACCGUGGCACACCCCCUCUGCGCACCGUCCGGCCCUACACCGUGCGCGUGGGUGACGAGAACGACAACGCACCGAUCUUCACCAAGCCGGUCUACGAGGUGUCGGUCCGCGAAAAUAACCCUCCGGGCGCCUACCUGGCCACAGUGGCAGCCCGCGACCCUGACGUGGGUCGCAACGGUCAGGUCACCUACCGCCUGGUAGAGGCCGAAGUGGGCCGCUCCGGGGAAGCCGUGUCCACUUACGUCUCAGUAGACCCGGCUACCGGGGCCAUCUACGCGCUGCGUAGCUUUGACUAUGAGACUCUGCACCAACUUGACGUGCGUGUCCAGGCCAGCGACGGCGGUUCCCCUCAGCUUUCCAGCAAUGCUCUAGUGCAAGUGCGGGUGCUGGACCAGAAUGACCACUCUCCGAUCCUCGUGCAUCCGGCGCCGGCCAAUGGCUCCCUAGAAGUAGCGGUCCCUGGGCGUUCCACCAAGGACACAGCUGUAGCGCGCAUCCAGGCCCGGGAUGCGGACGAAGGAGCCAACGGGGAACUGGCCUUCGAUCUGCUGCAGCAGGAGCCACGAGAGGCCUUCUCCAUAGGCCGCCACACGGGGGAGAUCGUGCUCACCGGAGACCUCUCGCAGGAGCCUCCUGGCCGCGUGUUCAAGGCCCUGCUGGUCAUAUCCGACGGCGGCCGCCCCCCUCUCACCACCACGGCAACCGUCAGUUUCGUGGUGACAGCCGGGGGUGGGUCAGCUGUGCCUGCCAGCCCCGGGAGCCCAGAGCACUCCCGGCCACCUGGCUCUCGCCUCGCGCCAUCGGGGCCUUCGCUGCAGUGGGACACGCCGCUGAUCGUCAUCAUCGUGUUAGCCGGGAGCUGCACGCUGCUGCUUGCAGCCAUCAUCGCCAUCGCCACUACCUGCAACCGCCGCAAGAAGGAGGUGCGCAAAGGGGGGGCCCUCCGGGAAGAGCGGCCCGGGGCGGCGGGCGGCGGAGCCUCGGCCCCUGGCUCCCCGGAUGAGACCGCCAGGGGAACUGGGCCCAGGCCCAACAUGUUCGACGUGCUCACCUUCCCUGGCAGCGGCAAAGCGCCCUUUGGCAGCCCCGCGGCCGACGCGCCCCCGCCCGCGGUUGCCGCGGCCGAAGUGCCGGGCUCGGAGGGCGGCAGCGCCACUGGGGAAAGCGCCUGUCACUUCGAGGGGCAGCAGCGGCUCCGAGGCGCGCACGCCGAGCCCUACGGUGCCUCUCCAGGCUUCGGGAAGGAGCCUGCACCCCCUGUUGCAGUCUGGAAAGGCCAUUCAUUCAAUACCAUCUCCGGCCGAGAAGCUGAGAAGUUCAGUGGGAAAGACAGCGGGAAAGGAGACAGUGAUUUCAAUGACAGUGACUCGGACAUCAGCGGAGACGCUUUGAAGAAAGACCUCAUCAACCACAUGCAGAGUGGACUGUGGGCGUGCACUGCUGAGUGCAAGAUCCUAGGCCAUUCUGAUCGCUGCUGGAGCCCAUCCUGUGCUGGACCCAACGUACACCCCCCUCCUCACCCACCAGCCCAGAUGUCAACCUUCUGUAAGAGCACGUCCCUGCCUCGGGAUCCUCUGCGCAGGGACAAUUACUACCAGGCCCAGCUCCCCAAGACAGUGGGGCUGCAGAGCGUCUAUGAGAAAGUACUGCAUAGAGACUAUGACAGGACAGUCACCUUACUCUCCCCUCCCCGUCCAGGAAGGCUCCCAGACCUGCAGGAGAUCGGAGUACCCCUCUAUGAGUCCCCUCCUGGUGGCAGAUAUGUGUCCCCGAAGAAGGGAACCAAUGAAAAUGUGUAAUCUUACCCUGCAUGUCUUCACACACAUAUACAGGUCACCCUGAGACGUCCCUAAGUUAUUGACCGGUUUCAGUGUUGUAUAUAUAAAUAUGCAAGAUGUGCCUUAAAAUGAAGUUGUUGGAAGCUAUUUCCAAUCAUAUUGGUACUGUUUGGUAUUUGCAAACAAAAAAAAUGUAGUUAAUGUAAUUUUUAUGAAAUGUGUGCAGUAUUUAAUUUUUCUUAUCAUGCUAUUGGCUUUAAUUUCAUUUGUGGCUUGCGAUUUUCUUAGUGUUUUUAACCUGUACAUUGUGUAAUGUAAUGUUUGUAUAUACUGAAAUUUUGUUAUAUUUUUAUAUAUUAAAAGCUAAGUGGAAGUUACUGCCAAAGGAAUUGUCUGUAAGACAAAAAACAAAACAUGUUGGAAUUGCUUAAUGGGAUUUUAUCUUUCACCAGAAACAACCUAAUGUUGGAGAAGUUUUGCCUUGCCAAGUCUAACAACUCGUAGAUCUUGAGUCUGUGGUAGAUUUCAAGUUACUGUUAUUUAAUUACAUUUGGUUCUCUGUAAGCUCUGUCACUUAUAAGCACAGUAAUAAAGGAUUUGUCAUGUAUUU